GCAAGCUCCUCUUGGAGCCAGGCUACUUCUCUACACCGGAGGAUCCCGGCUCCGUCUACCGUUGCUUCAGCAACACUAUUCGAUGCCCUGGGGGGGAGCCUGGCACGUGUGCAUUUGGCCGGGACACCGAGAGCGUCAGCUGCAGUGCAUGCUUGCCUGGACUGCAUGCCCGCGACGGCGUUUGCGUGGAGUGCGUCGGCGGAGACUACGCCUUGGUCAUCACCUUCGGCAUCCUCGCAGUGUGCUGCAUCGCUGUCCUGUACUUGGUAUUGAUGGGCGAAGGGCAGAAGAGCCGACAGCCAG